CUGAGUGUGAGUAGUUUCACUUUGACCGUGAACAAGCAAAGCGUGUUCAAAAUGUUGAAGGGGCGUAUCGGUCUAAUAAUACAACGGUCUCAGAAGGCGGCUCUCUUUUCUGCUAGUCAACAGCGCUGGCAGACAAAUGUGGCCGCAGCCGAGGUCAGAGACGACCCAGAAUGGCUCCAGGCCAAGCCAUUCGAAGAGAUUCCACGGGCCAAUAUGCUUUCUCUAUUUGCAAAAAUUGCGUUGCCCGGUGGGAAGUACAAGAACUUGGAAUUGAUGGAUAUGUUUGACGCAAUGCGCAAGGAUUACGGAAAUGUAUUUUACAUGGCCGGAAUGCUGGGAAGUCCUGCCUUUGUGAUGACCCACAAUCCCAAGGAUUUCGAGGUGAUUUUCCGCAAUGAAGGUGUAUGGCCAUUCCGGCCGGGCAGUGAUAUGUUGCGCUAUCAUCGAACCGAAUACAGAAAAGAGUUCUUCGAGGGCGUUCAAGGAAUCAUUCCCUCGCAGGGCAAAGCCUGGGGAGACUUUCGAUCCAUCGUAAACCCCGUUCUUAUGCAGCCCAAAAAUGUUAGGUUGUACUUCAAAAAGAUGUCGCAGGUUAACCAGGAGUUUGUGCAGCGAAUUAGAGACAUAAGGGAUUCCACCACUCAAGAGGUACCCGGCGAUUUCUUAAACACAAUCAACCGUUGGACCCUCGAAUCAGUGUCUGUAGUCGCCCUGGAUAAGCAGCUGGGGUUGCUCAAGGAGUCUGGAAAGGACAGCGAAGCCGCCAAGCUUUUCAAGCACCUGGAUGACUUCUUCCUGCUCUCAGCCGACCUGGAGAUGAAGCCCUCUCUUUGGCGAUAUAUCACAACUCCGCAGUUAAAGAAAAUGCUAAGAACCCUGGAUAGUCUUCAGAACAUCACUUUGAUAUAUGUGGAAGAAGCGAUCGAGAGGUUGGAGAAGGAGGCCAAGGAGGGCGUGGUGCGUCCAGAAAAUGAGCAAAGUGUUCUCGAGAAACUCCUAAAAGUUGAUAAGAAAGUGGCCACCGUUAUGGCCAUGGACAUGCUGAUGGCCGGAGUGGAUACGACCUCGAGCACCUUUACGGGGCUUCUGCUGUGCCUGGCUAAGAAUCCCGAGAAGCAGGCCAAGCUGCGGGAGGAGGUGAUGAAGGUGCUGCCCAACAAGGACUCCGAGUUCACUGAGGCUUCCAUGAAGAAUGUUUCCUAUCUGCGCGCCUGCAUUAAGGAAUCGCAGCGUAUCUAUCCUCUAACUGUUGGAAACGCCCGUGGGCUGACCAGGGAUUCUGUCAUCAGUGGCUAUCGGAUUCCAGCCGGUACCUUUGUGUCCAUGAUUCCCAUAAGUUCCCUCCACAACGAGGAGUACUUCCCACAACCUAAGGAGUUUUUACCGGAACGCUGGCUGCGGAACGCCAGUGACUCCGACGGAAAAUGCCCGGCAAACGACCUGAGGACCAAAAAUCCCUUCAUUUUCAUGCCUUUCGGAUUCGGACCUCGCAUGUGCGUGGGUAAACGCAUCGUGGAAAUGGAACUGGAGCUGGGCGUCGCUAGAAUCCUUCGAAACUUCAGUGUGGAGUUCAACCAUUCCACCAAGAAUGCUUUCCGCUCUGCUCUUAUCAACCUGCCCAACAUACCUCUCAAAUUUAAGUUCACCGAUUUGCCCAACUAAUAUUUGUUGUUUUUAUUUUAAAACUGAAAUAUAAUACCUGGUUUCAAAUGAUUAAUAUGCCAAGCAAGCAUAUUCAAUCAUAUGCAAGUAUUAGAUGUAAGAUAUGGAAUGUAAAUAUUGAAUUCCUGAAAUUCGAAGUUAGGGAUUAAGAUUUUUUAAACACUUAAAUUAUGAAAUAUUUAAUAAAACAAGUUUAUAAUUUCUAAGUUA